CGAGGCGGCGCUCCGGCCAUGAUCGACUCGGGGAAGGUGCGCCGCGGCGGCGCGGCCGACUUCUUCUCGCACUACGAGUACCUGUGCGCCAUGCAGGACUCGGUGCCGCUGCCCGCCGUGCGCGCCUGCCUGCGGGAGGGCGUGCUGGACUUCAACGCCGACCGCCUGCGCGCGGCCGACUGGACUCCGCUCCUCAGCACCCUCAAGAUCAAUAAAGACCUGCCCCUGAUCUCUAUCAAGAGCUUCUUCCAGCCGUGGCUGGGCGAAACAGGUUCUGACAGAAGUAAAGUUUGCAGAAGUCGAGUUCCUGCAAUAAGAAGCAGAGAUGUGACCUUCCAGCUAUGUAAAGCUCUUAAAUGCUGUUUAAGUGCAUCAAAUGCUCUAAAGAACCUGGAGCUAAAUGGACUAGUUCUGAGAGAGAGAGAUUUAACUAUUUUAACAAAGGGAUUGAAUAAAUCAUCUACUUUGGUGCACCUGUCUCUUGCAAAUUGUCCAAUUGGAGAUGGAGGUUUAGAAAUUGUUUGUCAAGGUAUAAAGAACUCUAUCACUCUUAAGACAGUAAACUUCACGGGGUGUAAUCUGACAUGGCAGGGAGCAGAUCACAUGGCCAAGAUCUUAAAGUAUCAGACCAUGAGAAGACAUGAAGAAACCUGGGCCGAGAGUCUUCGUUAUAGGAGACCUGAUCUUGACUGUAUGGCUGGCUUGAGGCGCAUCACUUUGAAUUGCAACACGCUCAUUGGUGACUUCGGCGCAAGCGCUUUUGCAGAAUCUCUUACUGAGGAUUUAUGGCUUAGAGCACUUGACCUGCAACAGUGUGGCCUCACCAAUGAAGGCGCAAACACUUUACUAAAGGCCCUUGAAAACAAUAGAACUCUCGUCAUUCUGGAUAUAAGAAAAAAUCCACUUGUUGAUCAUUCUGUGAUGAAAGCAGUUAUCCAAAAAGUUCUCCAGAAUGGAAGGAGUGCCAAGUCAGAGUAUCAGUGGAUAACUUCUCCAUCAUUGAAGGAGCCAUUCAAAACUACUAAACAGAAAAAGAGAACUAUAAUUCUGGGAAGUGGUCGAAAAGGAAAAGCUACUAUUAGAAUUGGAUUGGCUACAAAGAAACCUGUAAAUAAUGGAAGAAAACACUGCCUUGGUAAAGACUGCUAUGCUCCUGAACCUUUGCCGCCUGGCGUGUCUGGUUUCCUGCCGUGGCGUACUGCAGAACGUGCAAAAAGGAACAGGGGUUUUCCGUUGAUCAAAACUCGUGAUGCAUAUAAUCAGUUACAGCAAUUAGAUUUUCCUGUGACUGUGACAGUAGAGAGUCCUUCCUCCUCAGAAAUUGAAGAGGUCGAUGAUUCUUCAGAAAGUGUUCAAGAAGAACCUGAGAAAACCAGUUUAAAACCAGAAGCGUUACAGGAAAAACUGGAGGAGUGCAUAAAGCAGUUAAAGGAGGAAAGAGGCAUAAGGCUUAAGGCUGACAAGCGAGUUCGUGAGCUUGAACAUGAAAAUGCCCAGUUAAGAAAUAUAAAUUUUUCUUUGUCUGAAGCCCUUCAUUCACACUCAUUGACAAGCAUGAUCCUGGAUGAUGAAGGUGUUUUGGGCAGCAUUGAGAAUUCUUUUCAGAAGUUCCAUGCUUUCUUGGAUCUCCUUAAAGAUGCUGGGCUUGGGCAGCUCGCCAGGACGGCUGGGAUAGAUCCGUCAGAUUUCCAUCUCCUGGGUCGUCCCCGGCUGCAUUCUACUCUUGCUAGUCCACCUAAGGAAGAAAAGGCACUUGAAGAAGAAAAACCAGAAUCGAAGCAGAAUGCCCUAGGACAAAUGCAAAAUAUCCAAGUUUCUAUUUGUAUGCAGUCAGCUUACAAUGAAGGAACACUAAUGAAGUUUCAGAAAAUUACAAGUGACACUAGAAUUCCUUUGCCUCUCGACUCACAAGUCCCAGUUUCUGUGCAGGAGGCGUUAGUAACUUCCAAAGACAACUUGGGAGUCGAAGUCACUGAGCGACGGCAGGAGUCUUUUGAAGAAUUCAUUGCUAGAACAUGUUCUCCUUCAGCUGAUAUGAUUUCUGGACCUGGAAAUCAAAGAAAAGAAGACGAGUUGUCUAGAAAUAGCAGAUCUUCAGAGAAAAUGGCCAAAACCUGUGAAUAUACUAAAAAACACUCUGCUAGGAAAAAACAUGGAAAGGACCUACAUUCCCGCUCUGACUCACCUGUGAACUGGAAAAGCAAAGGAAUAGAGCAGAAUAGUUUUAAUGAGCCAAUUAAAAGCGAGUCUUUGAAAAACCACAUUUCUGUCAAGAAAGACAGUAGAAUAGUGACUGUUUCAUCCAAGAGAACUAAAAGUAAACUCAAUCUGUUAGAACAUUCUGAAAGUGAUACUCUUGGAUCUGAUUUUGAAUUUCAAGAAAGCAUUCAUACUCUAUCACGCCUGACAUAGGUCUAAAUCUUUUGAAAUUAUGUUUUUGCCUUAAAAUUUAAUAAAUUUCUUAUGUUUUCAUUA